AUGGAACCGGGGAAGCCGUGCUCGGAGUCGUCUAGCGAAGAAAACGAUCCGAUUGAGCAACCACCGAAGGAGGAAGGGAGCGUCAAGCGGUCCUACGAAUGCACGUUUUGCAAGCGUGGUUUCACGAACGCCCAGGCUUUGGGUGGUCACAUGAACAUCCACCGGAAAGAUAGAGCCAAGGGAAAGCAAGCUCCAGGUGCUGCUCCCACCAUGAGGAAGACCUAUGAUCCUUAUGUUAUCGCUUCUAAUCAUAUCGGAUCGAAGUCUGGCCGAGUGCCCCUGAAUUAUGACCAGGGCAAAGAUGAGGAAACGCAAAGGAAUCACAGUCAGAAGGGUUUGCAAGCAUCUGCUGUGAACCCUAAGAAUUAUCUUGAAAGUUGUCAGUGCGUGCCGAGCUUACACUCUUUGCAAAGAGGAGAUGGCAUUCUAUUGGAUGCUAGUCUCAGCCUGCGAGUCGGCCCGUCGAACAUGGAGAGCGCCGGUGAAGUGGAGCGAGCUGAGAAACUGGAGGAAGUCGAUUUGGAGCUUCGACUCGGCCGUGACCCGUGA